UCCAAAAAAAGAAAAAGAAAAUUGACCAACUCAACGGUACCAAAAAACUACUUUCACAUAAUCUCAAAAUUCAACUACUUUUGUUAUAAAUGCUAAUUAACAUUGGCUUUACUCUGACAUUAUAUUGCAAUUGGAUCUUGUUUAGCAUCUACAUCGAUCCCACUUCUCAAUCUUAACAAUGACAAAGGAAAAUGUCCUUCACAUGAAGGGUGGUGUGGGAGAAACAAGCUAUGCAAAGAACUCAUCACUUCAGAAAAAAGUGAUAAUGAAAGUGAAAGCUAUACUUGAAGAAAAUAUGAUAUUGAUAAUGUCCAACAAAAGUGUAAAAAGUUGUUGGAAAAUAGCUGAUUUAGGUUGUUCAUCAGGACCAAACACACUUUUGUUUGUCUCUAAUAUCAUGAACAUCAUCCGUAAAAUUAACAUGAAACUAAAUAAUGGAAAACCUGUAUUUCAAAUAUACCUCAAUGAUGUAUUUGAAAACGAUUUCAAUACCAUUUUCAAGUUACUUCCUGAUUUCUACCAACAAGAAAGAGAAAAGAAUGUUGGAGAAUGCUUCAUAAAUGCAACACCAGGAAAUUUUUAUGGAAGACUAUUUCCAAAUAAUUACAUUGACUUUUUCCAUUCCUCAUAUUGUCUCCAUUGGCUAUCUCAGGCACCCAAAAAUUUGGUGAAGAAUGAAGAACCACUCAACAAAGGAAAUAUUUACUUAUCAAAAACAAGCCCACCAUCCGUCUAUGAAGCAUAUUUCAAGCAAUUUGAGAAAGAUUUCAACUAUUUUCUAAAGUCAAGAUACGAAGAAUUAUCAUUGGAUGGUGUGAUGGCACUAACAUUCAUUGGAAGAGAAUCACAUGACAAAAUUAUUUCUGUUCAAGGAAUAGUUGGCAUGGUACUAAACGAGAUGGUUCAAGAGGGUUUAGUUGAAAAGGAGAAAUUGGACAUGUUUGAUUUUCCAGCAUACCAUCCUACGGAAGAGGAAGUACGGCAAGUGAUUGAGGCUGAAGGAUCGUUUACUCUUCGAAUAGUGAAGACUUUUAAAAUUGGUUGGGAUGCAAAUCUUCAAGAAGAUGUGACUGAUUAUGUUGUUGAUAGUAAAAUGAGAGGGGAGUUUAUAGCAAAAUAUCAUAGAGCAGUAUAUGAACCUAUUUUAAUAGCAAGUUUUGGUGAAAAUGUCAUGGAUGAGUUGUUCUCAAGGCUUGCAAAGAUGCUUGUGAAACUUGUUGAGAUAGAGACAUUAGAGUUUACUAAUAUUGUGUUGUUUUUAACGAAGGAUCAUUGAUGAUAGAUGUACUAUAACCAAUAAUAUAAUGAAUGUUUUGAAUAUUGUUAUUAGUAAAUCUGUAUUUCCUAUAUAUCUUUUUUUAUUCAUUUAGCUUAAAAGUAAUAAUAUACAAUAUUCUUAGUAAUUUUCUUUCUUCCUCUCUGUUAUUUUUAUUAGUGAUGGCAGAUAUAGGACAUAUUAUUGGGGAUUGUCAACUUUUACUAAUUUUCUUUCUUCCUCUGUUAUUUUUAUUAGUAGAACUAUGAAUGGUGAUGCCCAUAACGUUGUUGGUUUGGGUAAAUUACUAGGCUCUAGAUCAUCUUGGCUUGUUCAACCCCCUCUGUACAUGUAUCUCGUUGACCGAAUGCCCAUUUGUGUUGUGGCCAUCUAAUGAAAUUGGUUUACCGUAAAAAAAAAAAUACAACAUUCUUUCAUCUUCUCUA